AACACGACAGGGACAAAGCGGACCACGUUACAAGGGGGCCAAUGGUCGGUUGGUGAUGUUCAUUGUUCACCAGCUAGCUUCAGCUUCUCUCUCUCUCUUUCUCCCUUUGAAUCCAAGGCUCUUUCUUUAGUACUUUGUUUCACUUCUCUCAAAGCAAAGCCCCUCCCCUCUUCUUCCCUAAACUCCACCUAUCUUUCUGUGCCCAAAAUAACUUUUUUCUAAUGAGGAAACUUUGUCCAAAUUAUGAUCUUCCUGAUGGGUUGGAUACAGUCCUGGAAGUUCCAAUCCCUGAAGAAAUGUUCGCUUCGAACAAGAGUAGUCACAGGUCAUGGCAGAACAUGAAGUCAUGGAUGAAUAUGAAACCGAAUUCUGAGAGGCCUCCAGCUUCCAUGACGGCACUUUUCGGAGGAAGGAACACCGAGAUUCAGCUCUUGCUUGGAGUCAUUGGAGCUCCUUUGAUCCCUCUGCCUAUCAAGAUUGAUCAUGAUCAUUCCAUUAGCAAAAACAUCAAGGAUCAUCCCAUUGAGGCUUCAAUGGCCAAAUACAUAGUGAAGCAAUACAUAGCAGCAAUUGGUGGAGAGCAGGCUCUGAAUUCUAUAGAUAGCAUGUAUGCCAUGGGGAAGGUGAAAAUGGCAGCGUCAGAGUUCUGUGCAGGGGAAGGCAGUGUGAAUAACAGGAUUGUUAAAGUGAGGAAUUUGAGAAAUGGUGGUGGAGAAAUGGGAGGUUUUGUGUUGUGGCAGAAAAGGCCUGAUCUUUGGUGCCUGGAACUGGUGGUUUCAGGCUGCAAAAUUAGUGCAGGGAGCGAUGGAAAAGUAGCCUGGAGGCAGACCCCAUGGCACCAUUCUCAUGCAUCCAGAGGCCCUCCUAGGCCUCUCAGGCGUUUCUUGCAGGGUCUUGAUCCAAGGUCAACAGCAAAUCUGUUCUCGAACUCUGUUUGUGUGGGUGAAAAAACAAUCAAUGAUGAGGAUUGUUUCAUCCUAAAACUAGAGGCUGAACCCUCAACACUCCGAGCCAGGAGCAGCAGCAACGUAGAGAUAAUCCGGCACACGGUUCGGGGCUACUUCAGUCAGAGAACAGGUCUCUUAGUCCAACUGGAAGACUCCCAUCUCCUAAGAAUCAAAGCCCCCGGAAAUGACAGCAUUUUCUGGGAAACCACGAUGGAGUCCUGGAUUCAAGACUAUAAAACCAUAGAUGGCAUCAACAUUGCACAUGCUGGCAAGACUUGGGUCUCAUUGUUCAGGUUCGGAGAGAACUCCGAGAGCCAUUCCAGGACAAGGAUGGAAGAGGCUUGGACGAUUGAAGAAGUGGAUUUCAACAUAAAAGGGUUGUCCAUGGACUGUUUCCUGCCUCCUGGUGACUUGAACAAAGAGGAGGAAGGAUAUGGGAUUGUGUCAAGUAAUGUAAGGUUGCCAUUCAAGCUUAGAAAUGGUUCUACUAGGGUUAGUGCUUCCAAAAUUGUUGCCAUUGAUGUUGAUGAAUGUGAUAACUCCUCGGAUGAUGAAGAUUUGUAAAUUUGGUUCCUAAUUUUUGUAAAUAUUACCACUACAAAAGUAUGUAUCCAUUUGUAGUUGCAUAUGGAAAUGCCAAAUUUUUGAGUAUUUGAUA